CACAGAGAGAAGCAGGUGAGGUCAAAUGAGACACAAUACUUUAAUGCAUUGAGCAGAAGAAGAAGACGAAAGAAAAUUUAAUAGAGAAGAGAGCUAACAAAAAAUGGAAGUUAAUGGAGAAGAAAAGAGAAGCUAUAGAAGAGAAGAUGAAGAAAAGGAAGUUUACUACCCUCUUCUCAACUCUCCAUGUUCUGCCUUUCACAAAACUGUUCAAGCCAUAUUGAAGUGCCUUGGUCUUGAAUCAUCAUCCAUACCACCAUCUUCAUCAUCAUCAGAAGACCCUGGAACUGAAACUGUUCAAGAAACGGGAUUUAUGGCGAUGGUUGCAAGAUUGACAAGAAGGAGACCAAGACCGCCUUACAGCUCAGGACAACCUGGUCAGAUCAACUGAUUCUGACACUCUUAAAGACUUAUGUCCUUGUGUUUAAAACUCACUUAUGUUUGCUUCUUGUGAGCGGUUGGGUUUCUUUAUUUGAAAUAAAACAAAACUUGGUAGACUCUUUUGUGAGCGAUUUACUAAUCGUAAGUUUGUUUUAUGUAUAGGAUAGGAUCCUUCUGUUGUUAUCAUCUGUGUUAUUCUUUCGUCUUUCCUUAGGAGUUUGAUACUCUGAUUGUACUAUGUUUUCCUUUUUCAAAGUAUGUGUUAUUUUCUAUAUUAAUGAACUUU